AUGCCUACGUUAGGCCCUUCGUUGCUCUUUGCAGCAGGUCUGACCCUUGGCAUCGGCGCCGGUGUGCUGUAUCCGCGACGUAGCCGAGAUGAGCUGCCGGUAAUCCCACCUCCACCGCCGACGAGCAGCAGUAAGGAGGUUGUCAAACCCGUCACUGUACCUUCUGGCAGUGUCCGGCUUCACGGUGGUUUUCCAGGUCCAACACCCGAUAUCAUCCAGCGUACUGCGUAUACCGCUGCGUAUGACCGCCGUCUGCGACAUCCAGCCUGGACAGCGGAACAUCUUACGGCCGCUUCAUUGGCGAAAACACCACCGCCGAAUCUCAAUGUUUCGCCAGUGCCUCUAGAAACCGCUCGUGCGGCUGACACUCAACCUGGACCUGUGGUGAAGGGAGACAGAUCGAAGAGUGUGUUUAUGGAGGAUGUGGGGAUUCCGGAGAUGUUCAGGGCCAAGUUAUCAGACUAUUUGAAGAGUGGCUAUGAUCGUGGGCACAUGGUUCCAGCAGCGGACGCUAAAAUCUCCCAGCAGGCGAUGGACGAGACGUUCUUCUUAACGAAUAUAGCUCCACAAGUGGGAGAUGGCUUCAACCGGCAUUACUGGGCAUACGUGGAAGACUUUUGUCGCCGUUUAACCACCAAUUUUGAAGAUGUUUAUGUAUUCACCGUUCCGCUCUAUCUCCCCUCCCGACAUCCAGAUGGCAAGUGGAGAGUAGUAUACGAGGUCAUUGGUGACCCUCCAAGUGUUUCAGUUCCCACACACUUCGCAAAGGUCGUACUCGCUUCCAGACCCGACUUUAGCUAUCCUCAAAGUCCCUCCAAAGGAGAUAAGAUGGUGACAGAGACUUCAUCGGUCAAGGAAUUAGCAAUGGGAGCGUUCGUGUUGCCAAACCAGGAGAUACCUGAUGGAGCGGACCUUCGAUCGUUCAUCGCGCCAGUGGAAAGCGUGGAGAGAGCGUCCGGGCUACAGCUGUUCAACACAGACCUCAAAUCCAAAAGCCGACAAUUAUGCGCUGUCACCCGGUGUCAGGUAAUCGUGAGACGGUUUGACGAUGCUCGUAAAGAGCUUGGACCAUCUGAGCAGGGACGAAAGAGUAGUGUAAAAGAGCGUUCAUGA